AUGGCAGGACAAACGUUUAGAAAGUUUCUUCUGCUCUUUGACCAAGUACUGGUUGAAAGGAGGGCAGCCGAAACUGUAACCAAAGGAGGCAUUAUGCUUCCAGAAAACGCUCAAGGAAAAGUAUUGCAAGCAUCAGCAGUAGUAGCUGUGGGAUCGCACUCUAAAGGCAAGGGUGGAGAGAUUCAACCAGUUAGUGUGAAAGUUGGAGAUAAAGUUCUCCCAGAUUAUGGAGGCACCAAAGAAGUUAUAGAAGACAAGGAUUAUUUAUCUAGAGAUGGCAACAUUCUUGGAAAGUAUGUAGACUGA